GGGGGUUGAGAAGAAUUCUGGCGUUCCGCCCACGGAAACCUUUGGUGCCAUGAUGAUGCAUAUCCCGCAAUUCUCGCUCUGCCCAUUUCCACCGCCGUUAUCCAUCCAGCCCAUCGCCCCCUGCCUCCUCGCGAUCUUCUUGCACAUAUAAGCAGGACCAAACCAAGAUGGCCUGCUCCUCUUCCACCUGUGGCGAUACCACACUGCAUGCGCAUUUCGUUGCCUGCUUGGUUCAUGUGUUGUCAGGCCUAGGCUUCAUGGGCGAGCUCCGUGUAGGCGGACGGCGUAGAGAAGGUGAAGACACCGCCGGGGACGACUCGUUCUCCGAGUCGAUGGCGGCCAGCUUGGAUUCCGGCGCGUCCAGCGGAUCGCUGUGCUCGUCGAUCAUGUCGAGCCUGACAGACGACGACGCGGAGUCCUCCCCGGUGGCGGGUGAUCCUACGCCGUCGCCAUCGCCGUCGGACGCGAUGCGGCUGGACGGGGACGGCGGCGGGCCUCUCUACGAGCUGGCGCCACUGCUGGCGCACCUUCCCGUCAGGACAGGGCUGUCCAAGUACUACAAAGGGAAGUCCCAGUCCUUCACAUCUCUGUCCGACGUCAAAUGCUUGCAAGAUCUCGCAAAGAAGACCACCGCCCACAUCGGCAGGAAGGCGAGCCGCUCGUCGACUUCACCGCUUCACGUUCAAGGGCCUCGCAGCAAGACGAUAGGGAAGAAGAAGAAGGCACCGCCCAGGGGUUCAUCUGGCCGGCUGCCGUCAAGAGCAGCAUGGAGCAGGGGCCUUUUCGCACAGAAGCGGUAAACCACCUGCAUACGAAAGCAAGAAAGAGCUGUGCAGCAGAGAUUGCAGCUAGCUAAAGGCAAUGCAAAGUUUUGCAAAAUGGGGUGAGAUAAGAUUUACCAGAGACAGAAAGAAUACCCCUUCCAUGUCUUCGUUUGCCACUAGAGAUCUCUGCAACAACUGAAGCUCCUGGGAGCAAGUUUUGCUUCUGUUUUCAUCUGUGACCAAUGUUAUAAAACUGUAUGUUCUGUCUGAUGAUGCCAAGAACAAUUGGCUAAGAUUGAACUGACAACACAAAUCCAUUAUUUAUUUUUGUAUAAUAAACAGAGGUUGAUGUGAACCAGCACAAUGCA